UCUCCCACAUUGCUUGUGUGUCGUGAACAUUUUUGGAGCCUGUGGAGAAAAAAAAAAGAAGCGAAGAAGAAGAAAAAGAUAAAAUGCCGCUAAAGGAGAGAGGAGAGGCGGUAUCGAGGGUUUGAAUCGUCCGCUCCCUGCAGCUGAUUUUGGAGCCAGGAUGCCGGCAUUUUUUUCACAGCGGUGCACCGUGAGAUUUGCUCGAAUAACGGGAGAGCUGCACAGCUGCUGCCGGUAUGUGUGAGCCACUUCACGCGCGCAAUCCCUGCUCUUAAAUUCCUUGCUUUCUCCAUCUCUUCUUCUUCUUCUCUUGCAUCAAUUUGAUGCUGCGUGAGGCUGCUGGGCGACGAUGCAUCGGUUGGGUUUGACUGUGUGAAUUCGCAUCAUCUCAAGUGUGUUUACUCCACGCCUAGGCGAUGUAAAAUCGAGCAAUUCUUGCCUGUUUUCAAAGAGAUUCAAAAGGGAAAAUGCCUUCUUAUUUCGACGUUAGGUGCGAGGAUGCCUGUAGCUGUGAUUGUGUCAUUGCUGCGGCACACUCCGGAGCUCCUCGGCUCCAGGCGUACACCACCAACCUCCUCAGCUGAAGAGAAGACAGUGAGAUAUCAAGUGCUUUACCAGCCAGAAGAAGCAAUACGAGCCUGUGCAUGUAUGUGGGAGAAGGCCAGAAGACUCCAGGGAGGAACCAUUUGAGGUGUUUGGGGCUUCCCUAGAAGUGCCACAUCCCCGAAAUCCCCCCAUCUGAAGGACUGCUGUGAGCAUUACAAGCUUCCUGAUGGUUUUUGGAGGGCAGCCCUGAUGCAUCUUGUGAGUGUGAAAACUCUACGAGCCCUUUGCCAGGUUUGCAUCACCAGACAGGAGCUGGAGCAGACGGUAGCUCUGUGUGUGUCAUGUUAGAGGCUGGACUCCUGCCUGCUCCCUCCAACCAUCAGCCAAAAAUCUUUGACCUGCCCUGUCUGAAACCUGUGUAUGAGCAUUGAUUCACCACAGCCACAACAACACUUUACAGACAUUACUGCUCGUGUGACCCCUUAAAAAGAAGCCCCCACCCUCCAACAGAACAGCAGAAACCAGGGUCAGGAUGCAGGUGUCCUUCGCCUGCACUGAGCACAACCUCAAGAGUCGCAGUGAAGACCGACUUUGUGGCCUUCGCACCGCUCCACCUCCUGGGGGGAGCAGUGGAGGAGUAGGGGGAGGAGGUGGAGGAGGAGGAGGUGGUGGUAGUGGAGGAGGAGGUGGAGGCAGCGGAGGUGGAGGAGGUGGUGGCGGAGGUGGAGGAGGAAGUGGACAAGGGAGUAAUGGCAACUACAUCUCCCAAGGAUCGGUGAAGACGAGGGAGGGGUCCGGGUCCCGGCAGGCCCCGCAGGGUCAUGCCCACAUGAAGGAGGCCAUUGGGAGGCACACCAGCAUGAAGUACAGGAACCUGGGAAAGUCAGGCCUCCGUGUCUCCUGCCUCGGGUUAGGCACCUGGGUGACAUUUGGAUCCCAGAUCUCUGAUGAGAUGGCAGAGAACUUGAUGGCCAUAGCAUAUGAAAACGGAGUGAACCUGUUUGACACGGCAGAGGUGUACGCCUCUGGAAGAGCUGAAAUCACUCUAGGGAACAUUAUUAAGAAGAAAGGAUGGAGACGUUCAAGUUUUGUCAUCACAACAAAGAUCUAUUGGGGAGGCCAAGCAGAGACGGAGAGAGGACUCUCCAGAAAGCACAUCAUUGAAGGUUUAAGGGGAUCCUUAUCGAGACUGCAGCUAGAAUAUGUGGACAUUGUUUUUGCCAACAGAAAUGAUGUCAACAGCCCCAUGGAAGAAAUUGUUCGAGCCAUGACGUUUGUAAUAAACCAGGGGAUGGCUAUGUACUGGGGGACCUCACGCUGGAGUGCCAUGGAAAUCAUGGAAGCGUACUCAGUGGCUCGCCAGUUUAACCUGAUCCCACCUGUGUGUGAACAGGCAGAGUAUCAUUAUUUCCAGAGGGAUAAAGUAGAGGUGCAGCUUCCUGAGCUCUACCACAAGAUCGGUGUUGGAGCGAUGACCUGGUCUCCUCUUGCCUGUGGAUUAAUCACAGGGAAGUACAGCGAUGGAGUACCAGAGUGCUCCAGAGCAGCAAUGAAGGGAUACCAGUGGCUGAAGGAGAGGGUGAACAGCGAGGAGGGCCGCAGGCAGCUCGCUAAAAUCAAGGAGCUCCAUCUACUGGCAGACAGACUGGGCUGCACUGCUGCACAGUUAGCCAUAGCCUGGUGUCUGCGCAGUGAGGGAGUCAGCUCUGUACUUCUUGGUGUUUCAAAUACAGACCAGCUACUCGAGAACCUGGGAGCACUCCGGGUUUUAUCCCAAAUGACCCCUCAAACCAUCACUGAGAUCGAUGCCCUGCUGGGAAAUAAACCACACUCCAAGAAAGAGUUGCGCGCUUAAAGAUGCAAACCUGAGUGACAGAUGUUUCAAGAAGACGAGGAAGACAAAGACUUUGGGAAACAUCGCUUUUUGCUCUGCUGUAUACUCAACAACUUGCAUGUCAGCAACAUUAUGCUUCCAGUAUGUGCGCAAAUCCAUUUUGCGCGGUACAUUUUAUCAUGUAUGAAAAAAAAGAAAAUCUCUCAAAUGUGUGAAAAUAAUAGGUCAUAUAUCGCUCACUGCCGAUUGUUCACAGACUAAUUAUUCCUGCAGAUUUGGUCUGAGCGAGAGAUCUUUGACCAGGAGAGACUGAAAGGUAUUCAACUGUUUCAAAGCAGAUUUGACUCUAAAUAAUCAAAUAUUACCAAGUGAAAGAAAAAGAAAACCCACUACAAAAUGCAACUUUACUGUGUGAACGGUGCUUUCAUAGGACAUGUGAGUCCCCUCCCCUCGCAGCUGCCUGUUAUUCUGUAUGAUGUUUAGUACCCAGCAGCCAGAGAGCCAAAGGUUAGUACUCAUGUGUCUAGCCUAACAUUUCCCAUAGUGUGCAUGUGACUGGUCUGCCACGCUCACUGCUUUACAGGGUUGGGAACAAUGGAUUACUUAUGGAGUUGUUAAAAUGAUCUGACUUAAUCCGUUCUUUUAAAACUUGAAAAAGGAACAAAUCACAUGCUUUUAAAAAAUCACGCACACAUUAUGUAGAAGUGCUGAAAUAAUGAUGAAUUUCUGCACUAAUACUAUGAUUUUCAUUGGAAAAGAAUGCAAAAAUAAGUGAAACAGUCAAAAUUGUCAAUAAGAGUCAUUUAAUGGUCAGAUUUUGAGUGCAACUUUCCCAACCCUGCUGCUUUCUCAGCAGUCUUUUCGCCUCCUCUGUUUGUAAACUGUGCGCAUGUCCCUUUAAGAGAGAAUAGCCCUAACAGGGUGUAAAUGUGGCAUGGCUUUUAUGGCUUAUGUAGAUUUGCAGUGCCCUUGUAAGCCAUUUUUUUUACUCUGGCAGUUUGAUCCAGGACUCGUGCUGGUGGGCACUCUUGCUUUAAAGACUCUCAGCAGUCUGAAGACACGGCUGUGUGUCCGUCUGACGUACUUAUAAUCUUUGUAUUGUCCUUAACUAAACUGUAUCAAAAGAUGUUCGUAGAAUGAACAUGUCGUUCUUGUGAAGAGCAUCGUUCGUUCCUAAAUCAGAGGCUUGAGGCAGUCGGACUGUCUGUGUGGAAAAAGUCACUGAGCAUCUGACACAAAGAUUUGGACACUGUGGUGAACUAGUAGUUUUCAUAUGAUAGGGCAUAAAUUAUUUUGUCUGAGUUUAUCUAAUGUGAUAUUACUCUUGCCACAGGUCACUUGGGGUAAGAUUUAGUAAAUGUAAGAUUUUUUUUGUGGAAGCCUAAAAUAUAGCUUCUCUGCUCAUUUCUCUGGGAGUUUCUCUCUCUCUGUAUCAUUUGUUCCUGUUAUUCUUGCACACAUGCACUACUGAUUUUAUACUGUGCAUUUCAUGUCUUUUCCCUUUAGUUUUGUAUUGAUUUGGAUACUUUGUAAUGUUAAAAGGAGGAGUUUGUUCCUUUUGUGAUUACCCAUGAAAAUAGCAUUAACUACAGAGAGGGUGUAUUUUGAUACAUGGAGCCGUUUUAGCUGGUACAAGGUUACAUGGUACUGUAAAUACGCUUCUAUCUGUCUGAGGGUUGAAAUAUAUGAACUAUGAAAGAAUCUCUGGAGGGCAGCUGAGAAGCUGCUUCACUGUGUGACUCUGUGAUGAUGUACAGUUUGACUGAGUGUAGCUUCAAGUGUACAUAGAAAACUUCAAUCAAACCAUGACAAUGUAACUUUGCCUGCAUAACUUAUAUUUUACUGUCUUGCAACAAAGAGAAACCAAAAGAGAGAAGAGACUCCUCACACUGAAUGUAUCAUGUCUUUAGUUCAAACAUUUAUAACCUUAAGGGACAAAGUGUAUGACAUACUUUAAUGUACAUAAAUGCUGUUGAACUAAUAUUUACAUUCCAAUUCAGACAAAAAGACUUUCUGAUUGAACUUCAUGCAUACAUACGCCAGCCUGAGUCAGAUAAGAGUCUGUAUUUACUCUUCAUACAACUGCAUAAAAUGCAUUGUGUAAAAUGUAAAUAGAACAGAAUGCAAGAAUUUUAA